AUGGGAGCUUUCAAGCCUGAUGUAGUCUCCGACCAGACGCCAGCGUCUUCCUUCUGGACGCCCACCAUCAAGACAGGCAACAUAUUCACGGACGACACGAACUUUUUCCCAUCGAGCCACGGCCUGGUGCAAACUCACCCGUCUGCCAAUGUAUUCCGAAGCGGCUUUGGAGGAAUCGACAAUCUUGGUAGUCGAGGGGCGACUGUCAGGCCACCGAGGACGAGACCCCUUGAUUACAGUGAACGUGCCACGGCUGAAUUGCGUCGAAAUCCAGCGCUUUCCUCCCCUGACGAAUGCGCCAGAGCCUGUCGCGAAAAUGAACCACCCAGGAUAUGCUACUAUCACUUCACCCUUGAGUAUUACACCGUUCUUGGGGCAGCAUGUCAAAUAUGUACCCCGAACGCGACGAACGUCGUCUGGAGCGACUGCCAGUGUGUCUUAGCAGACGGUGUAGAACGAGGUAUCCUCACAGCGAACAGAAUGGUACCUGGUCCAAGUAUUCAAGUCUGUCAGGGUGAUAAGGUGGUAAUCGACGUGGAAAAUCAUAUCGAAGGUAUGGAGGUAACCAUUCACUGGCACGGUAUAUGGCAAAGGGGAACUCAAUACUACGACGGUGUACCGUUCGUGACUCAAUGUCCCAUUCAAGAAGGGAGUACAUUCAGGUAUCAGUGGAUGGCUGGAAACGAGGGUACGCACUUCUGGCACGCUCACACCGGAUUACAGAAGAUAGACGGCCUAUACGGAAGUAUCGUGAUACGUCAACCGCCGAGUAAAGAUCCUAACAGCCAUCUUUACGACUACGAUCUGACUACUCACGUCGUCCUACUCAGCGAUUGGUUCCACGAGAACGCGGCUGAACGUUUCCCAGGUCGUCUGGCGGUGAACACUGGCCAAGCACCUGAAAGUGUGUUGAUCAACGGAAAAGGACAAUUCAGGGAUCCAAACACCGGUUUCAUGACGAACACACCGCUCGAAGUGUUCACCAUAACUCCUGGUCGUCGUUAUCGUUUCCGAAUGAUCAACUCCUUCGGAUCAGUUUGCCCAUCUCAGAUCACGUUCGAAGGUCACUCUCUAACCGUGAUCGCGACCGACGGAGAAGCUGUGCAACCGGUAACAGUAGACACGAUCAUCUCGUUCUCCGGCGAGCGAUACGACUUCGUAAUAAACGCGGAUCAACCGGUCGGCGCUUAUUGGAUUCAGGUCCGCGCGUUAGGCGAAUGCGGUAUCCCUCGUGCACAACAGUUGGCCAUACUGCGUUACGCUCGUGGACCGUAUCAACCUACUACCACAGCGCCCACUUACGAUUUUGGUCUUCCGCAGGGUGUUGUACUGAAUCCCCUGGACGCGAUUUGCAAUCGCGAGCGCGUGGACGCGAUUUGCGUGAGCCAGCUGAAGAAUUCACGUCAGAUCGAUCAAGGAAUUCUCCAACAGCGUCCAGACGUGAAAAUAUUCCUGCCAUUCCGUUUCCUCUUCUACAGGCCAGAAGAAGUCUUCCAACCACAGACGUAUAAUCGAUUCUUGGUCGCUCCGACCGGAGAUCAUGUAAUCUCUCUCGUCGAUGAAAUCUCGUUCACAUUUCCGCCGGCGCCUCCGCUUUCGCAAAUCGACGACAUCCCGCCCGAGCAAUUUUGCAACGGGGACAACAGGCCUGCCGACUGCGGGGCUAACUGCAUGUGCACUCAUCAGGUCGAUAUACCUUACAACGCUGUCGUCGAAGUGGUCCUCGUCGACGAAGUCCAACAGCCAAAUCUCUCGCAUCCAUUCCACUUGCACGGCUACGCGUUCAACGUGAUCGGUAUCGGCCGUUCUCCAGACAAGAACGUGAAGAAGAUCAAUCUGAAACACGCGUUGGAUCUCGAUAAGAGGGGUUUGCUAAAUCGACAGUUCAAUCUGCCACCUGCCAAGGACACUAUUGCGGUGCCGAACAACGGCUACGUCAUUUUCCGGUUCCGUGCGGACAAUCCUGGAUAUUGGCUGGUCCAUUGUCACUUCCUCUUCCAUAUACUCAUCGGUAUGAAUUUGAUACUUCACGUUGGAACGCACGCCGAUUUACCACCGAUACCGCCGAAUUUCCCGAGAUGCGGCGAUCAUCUACCACCUAUCACGCCACCGUCGAUGUCGUUAGGCUCGUUUCACUGAUCGAUCCUGACGGAAGCGAGAGAUCAGAGGCGGUCCAAAGCAUACACGAUAUUUCUUAGCGUAUUCCUGUAAAGUAGUCAGUAUGCUGUAGCGAAUCGAUUUCGUAAAUCUUCCUCUUGUCGGGUCGUUCGUCGGA